UUCGAACAGUCAGUUGUUCAACAAACAUCCACCAAGAGUUUUUCUUGAAGUGAAAACGUUUCGUCGUAAAAGACCUUCCGCAACAUUUUUUUUUGUUGAAGAAGAAGUUUGUGUGUUAAAGCGACAGCCAAGAUGAUUCAUCAGAGUGACUUUAUCAUCGCCAGCAAUAACAGCAUCAACGAUAACAUGUACAACACGAAGAAGGCAAAAUCCCCGGCACAUCGUGUGAAGAAGAUGCUGAAGCCCCUGCUGAAGUUCCUCACGCAACCACGGCAUCCCAAGCAACUCGGCAAGUCCUGCAACAGCCACGAUGACUUUGACUUCUGGUCACCGUGCCCAAGUGCGGACAACACGGCAAAUGAGGAGCUCGAAGCGAGGAUCAUGGAGGAGAUUGCUCAAUGUGCCGACAAUGCUGCAGUUUAUGUGUACACACCGGAAGAUGGGGAGUGCCACCUUCAGCCCGUGCAGCGUGAUCAAACAUUCGUCCCAGUUCACUUUGCCCGCACCGAUGCUGGAACAUUCUUCUGGACCACCGUGGGCAAGGAAGCUGAUUGUGACCUCAUUCAGCCCACCUACUGCUGCUCCCACUUCCAGCAACCUCACGUGCAGUACCACCGAUGGGUACAAGCAUAAACCACCCCCUCGCUGCAGUGCCAUGGUGUUCAAGCUUUAACGGAAAAUCCACCGUCUUCCACGUGUUGGCAAAUGUGAUAAAUCUCCCCAACAUUUUAUUUUACAUUUAAUUCGUUUUAAUCUCAAUCAUGUGAUUGCAUCGAUGAAGGCUUUAAUUACAAAAUAAGCAUAAAAUUAUCUUCCACUUUACAUUAAAAAAACAUUUUUUUUAUUUUAAAAAAUAAAAUGAUGAAAAUUGAAAGAAA